GUUUUGGGACAUUGCUCAUUCGGUCUCUCCUCUUUUGCAACAGCAAUGAAGCUCGAGCUUUGCAACUUCAGUGGAUUCAAGAUCUACCCCGGCCACGGCCGCCGCUACAUCCGCUCGGAUGGCCGCAGCUACAUCUUCAUCAACUCCAAGUCGGAGUCCCUCUUCCUCCAGAAGAAGAACCCCCGCAAGAUUAGCUGGACCGUCCUCUACCGCCGCAAGCACCGAAAGGGCGCUUCCGAGGAGGUUGCCAAGAAGCGCACCCGCCGCACCGCCAAGUUCCAGCGAUCUGUUGCUGGCGCUUCCCUUGAGGCCAUCCUUGCCAAGCGCAACCAGAAGCCCGAGGUUCGCAAGGCCCAGCGCGACCAGGCUGUCCGUGCCGCCAAGGACGCCGCCAAGGCCAAGCAGGCCAAGAAGCCCGCUGCCGCCAAGGCCGGUGACAAGACCGCCGCCAAGGCUGCCGUCAAGAACGUCAAGGCUGCUGCUCCCCGUGUUGGCGGCAAGCGCUAAGCACUCUGUUCCCCCGAGCGCUUUUUUUUGACCUCUUAUAUACCGCCCCUUUGUAUCAGCAAUGAACCAGAAGUUGCGAUGUUUCUA